ACUCUGUCACCCAGGCUGGAGUGCAGUGGUGUGAUCACGGCUCACUGCAAUCUCUGCCUCCCAGAUUCCAGCGAUUCUCAUGCCUUAGCCUCCUGAGCAGCUGAAAUUACAGACGUGCGCCACGAUGCUUGGCUAAUUUUUUGUAUUUUAAGUAGAGAUGGGGUUUCACUAUAUUGGCCAGGCUGGUCGUGAGCUCCCGGCCUGAAGCAGUCUGCUCACCUCAGCCUCCCAAAGUGCUGAGAUUACAGGCGCUAGCCACUACGCCCAGUCACAAAAUUCUUUAAAGAAGCCAAUUCCAUCCUCCCUCAGGAACCAAGGGGCCACCUCACCCUCUUGUUACAGCAGAUCCCGCCUCCCACAGUCACCCUUCUCCCAAGAGCAAUCUCUCUGACCUGCAUGGUGCGUGGUGCCCUCCUGCCUCAGGCCGCGAAGAAGGAUCUAAGGGCUUGGCUUGUUUGAAAGAACCAGACCCCCUAAAGUCACAUCUUUAGGGAAAGUGAUACAAGAGCUUCUGCACCUCCUGAUAGAGGAAGUCCAAAGGGUGUGCACACACAAUGGUGCCUGAACGAGAGCCUCAAGACCGAGAGAAAGGAGUCUGGCGGUUCCAGCUGAAGGUCUGGUCUGUGGCAGUUGUAUGCAUCUUGCUCCUGUGUGUCUGUUUCACUGUGAGUUCUGUGGUGAGUCACAAUUUUAGGUAUAGCAAAACUGUCAAGCAGCUGUCCAAGUUACAAGAGUAUCAACAGUAUUAUCCAAGCCUGACCUGCAUCAUGGAAGGAAAGGACAUGGAAGAUUGGAGCUGCUGCCCAACCCCUUGGACGUCAUUUCAGUCUAGUUGCUACUUUAUUUCUACUGUGAUGCAGUCUUGGACUGAGAGUCAAAGUAACUGUUCUGUGAUGGGGGCUGAUCUGGUGGUGAUCAACACCAACGAAGAGCAGGAUUUCAUCAUUCAGAAUCUGAAAAUAAAUUCUGCUUAUUUUCUGGGGCUGUCAGAUCCAGAGGGUUGGCGACAUUGGCAAUGGGUUGAUCAGACACCAUACGAUAAAAAUGUCACAUUCUGGCACUCAGGUGAACCCAAUAACCUUGAUGAGCGUUGUGUGGUAAUAAGUUUCCGUUCAGAAGAAUGGGGCUGGAACGAGGUUCACUGUCAUGUACCUCACAAGUCAAUUUGCGAGAUGAAGAAGAUCUACAUAUAAAUGAAAUAUUCUCCAUGGAAAUGUGUUUUGUUGGCAUCCACCAUUGUAGAAAGCUAACUUGAUUUUUUAAUUUCUGUGUAAGUUUUGUACAAGGAAUGCUCCUAAAAUUUUUCAGUAGGCUGUCACCUAUUACACUUAUGAUAUAAUCC